CAUUCAUAAGCAUAUAGUACAAGGCCCAUUCAUAAUCUUGUUGUUUCAAUCAGUCUUUGUUACAAAUCAUAAAAUAAUUGAAGAACACGUGAUACAACCUUGCCAGCACUUUACCCUGCUUCGUCGGGCAUUUUGGCAGUUAGGCUUCGUCUUCAACCUCUUGCAUUACCUUCUGCAUUUCUAAACCAAAAAACUAGGGAUACAGAGUGAGUUAGUUCACUCCAAUUAAGGCAUCGUUUGGUUUUCCAAAAAUGUCACUCACCUCCAUUUUCCUUCUCCUCUACUUCUCUCUCUUCACCUUCCUCACCACUCACUCCAAACCCCAUCUCCCUUCCCCAUACCUCUCACCCACCACAAUCUUCCCAAACUACCAAAACAUGCUCAAAUCUUUCAAAAUAUUCAUCUACAACCCUAACACGCCCUUCACCUUCAACUCUCCAUCUCAGUCCCUCUUCUACACCACUCUGACUCUCCAAGAUAGCGCCUUCGUCACCCAAGACGCCGAGCAAGCCCACCUCUUCUUCGUCCCCUUCCCUUCCGAUCUCUCCACGCGCUCCAUCGCGCGUCUCAUCAGAGGCCUUCGCAAUGAUCUUCCCUACUGGAACCGCACCCUCGGAGCUGACCAUUUUUACCUGUCCUGUGCCGGUAUCGGGUACGAAUCGGACCGAAAUCUCGUCGAGCUCAAGAAAAACUCGGUCCAGAUCUCGUGCUUUCCGACGCCGGCCGGUAAGUUCAUACCUCACAAGGACAUUUCCCUCCCUCCGCUCGCGAGCUCUCACGCACCAACAAACAAAACGACGAGGUUUUUGGGCUACGCCAGGUUCAAUUGGCUAAAGGAGUCAACGCUGGUCAACGAAUUGAGCAGCGACCCGGAGUUUCUGAUCGAAUCCGAACCGUCGGAUCUGAAUUCUUAUGCGGAGAGAAUCGCCAGCAGUAAGUUCUGUUUGUUCGAGUAUGGAGGAGGCGACGUUUCGGGUAUCGGCGAGGCGUUGCGUUUCGGGUGUGUGCCCGCGGUGGUUACUGACCGUCCGAUCCAGGACCUGCCGUUCUCGGACGUGCUGAGGUGGCAGGAGAUCGCGGUAUUCGUGGAACGUAGAGGGGUUGGGGAACUAAAGCGUGUGCUGGCUCGCACGUGCGGGGACCGGCAUGAGAAAAUGAAGGGGUUGGGCGUGACUGCGAGUCGGCAUUUUGUGUGGAAUGAGACACCGCAGCCGUUGGAUUCGUUUCAUACGUUGAUGUAUCAGCUGUGGUUGAGACGGCACACCAUCAGAUACGUGCGGAGAGAAUCGGCUUAGAGAUUCUUAUCGCUGUUGGAUGAUGAUGUACGGAUGGAAUGAAUUUUGUCAGUUUGUUUAGAGAGUAUAUGUAUGUAUGUAAUUUCAACUGAUUGAGAUUCUACCCACCGCUUGAUAUGGUUGGGAACUUGGGUUGAGCCCACAUCAUGAAGGACAAGCCUUUCACAAUUGAUGGAUGGGACUCGAGAGGCACAAUGUAUUAGCCUGUACGUGGUUAAGUUUGGUUCCCUUUUUGUUUUUUGGU